AUGGAGGAAGAGAAGGACACCAAGAAGAAAAGAGUAUCCUUUGCACCUGAGCCGCAGGUGAUGUACAUAUAUCCUGAGGAGGAGAAUAGAAGCAACAGGACGAUGGACUCCGGAGUGAUAAGCGAGGACGAGAUUUCUGUGGAGCUGACUGUGGACCAUCUUCGGGCCGGAGAGCUGCAGAACGGUGAAGAUGAGCGAGAAGGAAACUUUCUCAAUGCGGAGUUGAAUGACCUGGUGUCUUGUAGCACAAGCAGCCGUGCAAACGAGCGUGACGGUCCCACCAACGAAGAUGUCUUUGGUGGUCGCAAGGACGUCCAAGACGUUCUGCAAGGAAGCAGCGCACACACAGAGAGUCCUCCUGGAUGCACCGAUGGGGAGCCUGUGGGUGUUGAGGCUGGUUCCGCUAAAGAUGGAGAUGGCUGUGAAGGAUUGCUGACGCUCAAGCCUUCGAAGGCUGAGAAUGCAAAAGAGGAGUUUGAAGACACAUUAAUCAGCAACGAGACGAUUAAUGUGGAGGAGAUUAUAAACACCCAGGAUCUCCGGAAGAUGAUUCCACAGGCCAGGAGAGAGGCUGUGAAUGUUUCUGAAAUGCUAGUUUCGAAGGGGAUCCGGUUUCUUGACAGCCUUGUUGUGUCGAACACAAGAAGAGACACGAUGUCGAAGUCGCGGAACGAGGUUCAUCCCAGGCAGGAGAAGUUCUACGCGAAUUUUGUGGAGCCUCGGACGCGGUUUUUUCUGGACUUCAGUUCUGAGCUCGAGGACCGGAUGUCUCGGCAGGAGAAGGUGAAUGCGGAUCUGGAGAGGGAGUUUGUUGUUUCUGGAACUGUGCUUGAGAAGGCAGAUGCUUCGAGUCAGCUCAAGGCCCUGAAGACGGAGUGCAGAAUGAGAGCAAAGAUUGAGUGGUAUGAGCUCCGCAAGGAGAAGGAGGUUGAGUUCAACAGAGAGGUGACAGACCGAAAGAACAAGCUUGCGCUGGAGUACAAUCUUCUGGCAGGAGGCCUGAAGGAGGUCUCUGAGAAGGUUGAGGACAUGAAAAGCAGAAACGAAAAGAUGGAGGAGCAGAUACGGCGGAUAAAGAGCAGGGUCGGGGCUGAUGGAGAGGGCAAACACCAGAAGAUCUCUGAGCUAAGGACACUGAUGAGCGAGCAGGAGGAGAUGAUUGAGAGUAUUGGGAAGGAGCUGAAGGGGCUUUCUGAGGAAAAGAUGAAAAGGCAGGUUGAGCGACGUGUGCUGUGUGAAGCCAUGGAGAAGACUGAGGCUGAGAUAAAGGAGCUUGAGAAGGCGCUGAAGAUCCAGAGUGUAACGGAAGCACAGCUGAAGGAGGUAAGGCAAGAGUUUCGAACGCUGUGUGCCGUCUUCAACAUGGAGCUGGUGAGGGCAGAUGGUUCUGAGGUCAGGUUUAAGCUACUGGGAUAUGACAUCAGGAUAGGGCUGGACGCAGGACUUACAAUAAGGUCUGUUGAUGCUACGGCACUGUGUGAUAGAAAGGGGAUGGGUGUUUUGCACCACUACUUUGCAAAGCACUUUGGGGGAGCCGGGCUUAGAUUAUCCAGAGGCGUCAAGGAUGCCGUGUUCGUUGCAGCACUGGCGUCGGGCCUGUACAAGGAGCUGGAGAUAGUCAAGAAAAGCCAUGGGGUGGAAUGCAGCCUGAGCGGCGAUGAGGUCACUGUCGAGAUCCUGUUGCUGGAUGUACUGAGAUGUAGCAAGCGUGGAGUGACCAUCAAGAUAAGAAACGGGUUUGAAUGUCUGGUUGUGUUGGAAGGCAGAAGUAGGCUGUAUGACCUCAGAAGUGAUGUUGGAGUAGUGUCGAGAUCUGUUGAGGAGGCACUUGUAAAUUCCGAAUAG